ACGCGCAAAUGGAGCGGGCGCGAAUGCCCCACGGAAAGAGUUUUAUAGGAGCAAACCUUUAGAGGAGUAUUUCCCCUGAGGGCCAGACGAGCCCGCGUCAUCGCAACACCCGUUCUUAUGAUUAGUGACCACAAUACACAUGAACGAAGCCUGCCCCCCAAAUCACCUCCAGCACCCGCGUUGUCUCACUAAAGCCGCUCUGCCUCGGACAUGUGUUGUAUUCUCCAAUGUGCCGCCGAUAGCGCCACAAUCAGCGCCAACGUGUGUCCACUACGGCGCCUUUUCCCCGGCUGGUGAUGGCGGAGCUUAAAACGGGAGCUUUCGGUGCGGCCCUGAACGCAGAGCGCGUUGCCUCCAGCAGGCAGCGGCAGCAGACCGGCAUCCGAGCCGAGCCGAGCCGAGCCGAGCCGCAGCACAGCCGACACCGAGUGCGCCACGGAACGGACCCUCCGCCAGUCACCAGCAGCGGAGCCGCGGUGGAUCAUGUAGGGCUCGACCGGCUCGCUUCUACUCGCAUUCUCGGUCUCCUUUGCUACUUGUCGCGGUUUGUCACCGUGAAGCCGCCGGAAGCCGCUUUCAUCUGACCGCCCGCCGCCUCGAGCCGAGCGGACAACUUUUUGGGGGCAGAAAAACUACAAGUCAGCCGCGGAGCGCCGACAUAUUGGGUCAUGAGUGAGCAGAGUAUCUGCCAGGCGCGAGCCGCCGUCAUGGUGUACGACGACGCCAACAAGAAGUGGGUCCCUGCCGGCGGCUCCACGGGCUUCAGCAGAGUCCACAUCUACCACCACACGGGCAACAACGCCUUCCGCGUGGUGGGCCGCAAGAUCCAGGACCACCAGGUGGUGAUAAACUGUGCCAUUCCCAAGGGGCUCAAGUACAACCAGGCCACGCCGACCUUCCACCAGUGGCGCGACGCCCGCCAGGUCUACGGCCUCAACUUCGGCAGCAAGGAAGACGCCAACGUGUUUGCCAGCGCUAUGAUGCACGCCCUGGAGGUGCUCAACUCGCAGGACACAGGCCCCACGGUGCCCAGGCAGAACCCCCAGGUCCAGAAUGGCCCCACGCCGGAGGAGAUGGAACUGCAGAGAAGGCAGCUCCAGGAGCUGCAGAGGCAGAAGGAGGUGGAACGGGAGCAGCAGGAGCGCGAGGCGCUGGAGCGUCAGGAACGGGAGCGCGUGGAGAGGGAGGCGCAGGCGGAGCGGGAGCGCCUGGAGCAGCAGGAGCGCGAGCUGAUGGAGAAGGAGAAGGCAGAGCAGGAGCAGCUGGACAGAGAGCAGCAGGACUGGGAGAGAGGACGACGCGUCUCCAACGCCGCGUUUGAGAGCAGCCUGUACAGUCAGGAGUACAGUGGGACGUCCUCCUCGGAAGCGGCGCCCGCCUACCCGCCACCCGGGACGCCGUCACCCUCCUUUGCCACCCCGCCGACCCCGCCUCUAAGACACUCGGCCUCCCGAUUCGCCACCUCGCUAGGCUCCGCCUUCCACCCGGUGCUGCCUCACUACGCCACCGUCCCGAGGCGGCAGCAGGCCUCCCCCCAAGCCCCGCCCCCUGCCCCCGCUCCGGCCCCCGACCCGCAUCCACCAGCCAAGUCCGUGGUGUGGUCGGCGUGCAACUUCACGCCCCUGCCCCCCUCGCCACCCGUCAUGAUCAGCAGCCCCCCAGGGAAGGCUGCCGGCCCGCGGCCGCUCCUCCCCCUCGCGACCCCCUCGCCGCUCACCCAGAAGCCGCCCUCGCCGGCCCCCAAUGGCCCGCCCAGCUUCCCCGCGCCGUCGCCCGUUACCAUCACGCACGGCCAAACCCCCUUUGGCGUUGCCUGCCCCACCCCGCCUCCGCCUCCCACCCCGCCCCCUCUCCCCUCCCCCUUGGCCCCCCGUCCGUCUACCUCCUCCGUCUCGUCUCCCCCCUCCUCAUCCCAGGCUCCUGGUGUGCCCUCUCCCUUCACAGCAACCCCUACCGCCGCCGCCGCCGCCGAGCACCUCUCCCUCCCGGUGAGCCCGGGCCUGUCGGGGCCGGGGGAGGCGGACGCGGCCCCGGGGGGCCAGGGGGGCUCCUGCUGUCAAGCCCAGCCCCAGGAAGUGGCGCAGACCUUGGGGUCGACUGCCCCCGCCCCUCCCCCGCCGCCGCCCCUGCCACCCGGCUCCACUGUGACCUCGCCGGCCGGCCACCCUCCGCCGCCGCCGGCUCCCCCGCUGCCCCCCGGGAUGACUCCAGGCGGGACCCCCCCUCCUCCUCCACCAGGUCCGCCUCCUCCCACCAGAGCCCCGCUCCCUCCACCGGCGCCCCCGCUUCCCGCCGGACUGUUCUCCCCCGCCGAGGACCGCCCCCUCUCGGGCCUGGCCGCCGCCCUCGCCGGGGCCAAGCUGCGCAAAGUGGGCCGGAGUGACGAUGGGGGGGCCGCUCUGGCAGCAGCCAUGCUGGGGGCCGGGGGGGCCAAGUCCGAAGCCAGAGGCAACGGGCCGGUGCCUGCAGGAGGAGGGCUCAUGGAAGAGAUGAGCGCCCUAUUGGCCAGGAGGAGGAGAAUCGCCGAGAAGGGCUCGUCUCCUGAACCCGACCAGAGAUCGGAGGAGGGCGAGAUCAACACGACCCCUAAAGUGUCAGCCUGUAGCACACCGGACACGGCCAGGAAGCCGUGGGACAGAACAAACACCCUGAACGGUAGCAAGUCUCCAGUCAUCGGACGGCCUAAAUCCACCCCGACACCCACUGCGUCCCUCGGCGCCAACGGUGUGCCAACAGAAGCAGUCGACUAUGACCGGUUGAAACAGGACAUCUUGGAUGAGAUGAGGAAGGAGCUGUCGAAGCUAAAAGAAGAGCUCAUCGAUGCCAUCAGGGAGGAGCUCGGAAGGUCCAGCUCGGCGUAGAGGAGCCAAACUCCUCUCCACAAAACCACCGGACACAAGACCACCGUCCAUUUGAAGACGAUACGACAUCGAAAUCACAUCAAACAAUAAAGCAACAGCGACAACUAUCAUGUCGAUGCUGGAAGAGAGCGAGAGAGGACGUUCUACGAGGCAGCAAUGGACAGUCACAAAACGGACAGUGUUGGAGAGGACGGAGCCCCCAUCUCCUCCUCCCCCCCCCUCUGAGGGCCGAAAGAUAAUUCCUCUCUGAUAAAACACACACACACCAACUCUUUGAUACUGUAUUAUCCCAUCGACACGCAGGUGACCUAUGACCUGAUGCAAGGAAUACAAACGUUUGUCAUUUGCUAUCAGAAAGGCACGUUUCAUUAACGAGCUUGGAAGAGGGGGGGGACGUAAAAUAAAAACCCUUUUUCCCAUAAUGCCAUAGGGGUAGCGUGCGUGUGCGUGUGUGUGUGUGUGUGUGUGUGUGCGUGCGUGUGCGUGUGUGUGCGUGUGUGUGUGCGUGUGCGUGUGCGUGUGGGGGACCGACAGUCUCUGGUGAACUGCAGGACACUGUAACGCUCGUCUUCCUCAAAUACUAUUUUAACCUGAAUAUGUACAAACGAGAAAGAAACAAGUUAUUUAGAAGAAGAAAAAAAGCAUCUAUCAACCACGUCGGUUUCAGUGUGGAUCUUCGGCGGGAUCACGUAGCCCGUCGGCCCCGCCGGCCCUUGAGGCGGGAUGCUCUCUUUGGAAUCCGAACCGCGAGCGCCGCGUGCUGUUUUCACCGCCUCUCUGUCGCUCGCCACCGAGCGCCAGCCGCCCCUUUGGCCGUGUGGACAACAGGGACAUUUUCCUCGUUGGACGCGUUUGGGUUCCCUGUCUGCAUGUACCGUCUCGGUCCUCUUGUCGUGUCACGGAGCGGCGCAGAGGCCACGAGUCUGCCGCCAAAUCCUGCAAGUUUUCUUACAAGCAAUAAGUGUAGCAUCUCUUUUUUAAAGCCCCCCCAGUCCGAGGCCACUGAACAUUUUUUGGAUGUCUCGUGUGUCCCUUUCUGUGGGCCGGACCCCCGGGUGGACGGUGCUCCCACCACGUCGUCUCUCGUCAACUCUAUCGCAGAUAUUCUGUGGCUCCGUGGGGAAAGACUAGAACAUCCCAUCUCACGGUCCAACGCGGUUCCUAAAUCACAGCACUCGUAUUUUUAUUUUCCAUAAAAAUCCAACCGCUUUGGAGCUGAACAGCGUUUCUAAUCAUGCUGUUAUUAUUUUACUGCAUUCAUAGAGCUGAUUGAAAGGUGACGGGACCAUUUAAUAUCUCCUGCUUACUGACGACGUGCCUCAUCUUCUCUCUCUGCCUUUUUCGUGUCAUAAUCCCUUCGCCUGUACGUUCCCGAGGCUUCACGGGGGUGAAGGGCGACUUUAUUCUCCUCCAGUUCUGUUUCACGGAAGUACAAUCAAGCUGAGAGGGAAAUGUCUAAAUACUGUAGCAUGAGAUCCGGACGGCGGGACGGAUCCAGUGAUGUGGACCCCAGCGGGGGCUGACGGGACCCUCCAAGUUGAUAUCUGAAGUUGUGUUUUAGCAUCUAUGAAUAUCGUAACAUCUCGAUGGUCACGACCAUCGAAUAGAGAACUUUUACCGCCAGUAUGAUUCACCAGUUCUUCUAUCAGUGGGCCGGCUAUAAAACAAAGAAUGGUCCAAAUGGUAUUAAGGCUAAAAGCAUCUUGCAUUUAUUCCUCCGAUUCCCAUAAGCUCAAUUUCUCUUUUUUGUUCAGUUUGAGAGGUCGUACAGAGGACGUGGCGCUGGUAAACGUUUCCGAUGGAAGGAAAGCUUGACUGUUGGUGAAGCUUCGUGGUUUGUGCCUUGUUCCCAAGUUGCAUUUAAUAUGUCGAACAUAUAAGAUGACUCGUAAUAAUAUCUAGGGACUGUCGUUCUGAUCACAAGCGGUUGUAAUUUAGUUUGUUUCUUUUUCCUCAUGUGUAUUUAAAGGGAGAAGUUGGGUCACCUCGGUACUGUUCCCAACAUCACACCGCUGAGAGGUACAAUCAAGCUUCGGAGACGCGAGGCCCUUCGCUCCCGCGUCAUUUAUUCUAAACCUGAAGUCCAGAUGAGUCCGAGUUGUUCUGUGACGCCACUCAGACCACGCGUGUGUUCAGCCAAUCAGCUUUCUUCACUUGCUCGGAAAUCUGUCUUUUUAUGUUGAAAUGGGUUUGGUCCUCUGCAGCGACGUUGUCUCCAUGCUGACGGGACGCUCGUCUCUGUCCGUAGUCGCGGUUCUGUGAAGGAGUUGUGUUACUCAGAAGACUUGUUCUUUAUUCGACUGCAUUGUACCAUAAUGUUCUCAUGUUAAUUAGUCUUUUCUUACACGUUAACACAUUGUUUUUCGUUAGAGCAAAUUAAAUAAAAAUUGCAAUACAAGA